AUGGCAGGCCGCAGCGGAACAAACCUGAAAAACAACUAUUGGCCUGAAGAUCUUCUCCUUUUGAUCUUGGCUACCCUUCCAACCAAGUCUUUGUUACGAUUCAAAUGCGUGUCCGUGCAUUGGCUAUCACUGAUCAUCAACCCUUAUUUCAUCGAACAACACCUCGAAGAGCAGCAGAAAAACGAUUACCCUCACUUGAUAUUUGCCACUAGAGCAACUGGACCCGUUAUGGGCAUGGUUUUCGAAUCCAUGCACAAGGUUUUGGAAUCCAUGGCCAUCGUCGAUGUCGAAGUUGGUGAUGAAGAAGGAGCAAAGAUCAGGAAAGGUUUGAAACAAAGUUCUUCGAAUAUCUGUCAUCUUCCGUGUUUUCGUUACUUCACGUCCAAUUCUUGCGAUGGAAUUAUUUGUUUAUUUGGGAUCACUAAUGUCUUUGUUUACAAUCCUCGAACUAGAGAGUUUCGGAUUGUUAAGAUGCAAAAGAAGGGAUUCUCCCCUGUUUUUUCCAGUAGUGUUGAUUUUUUCGGUACGCCUUUUUGUUCCCUUAACUUUGAUAAUCCCGGGAUGGGCAGGGUUAAGGGCCAGAUGGCCUGGUUUGAGCAAUUGAAGUGCUCUCUGUUUUCUUUGGUAUCUUCUUCGCAGGAAACUAAUAAUAGAGCUUAUUCUGAUAUCUUCUUUGCAGUACGAAUAUUCCCAAAGGAUUUCUUAGUAGGGUUUGGUCGUGAUCAAGUUACAAAAGAAUGCAAAAUUAUACGAUUGUUUACACCUAAAGAAGAAAACCAUAUUCACGAGUGCGAGGUUUUUACAUUGAGUUCAGAUGCUGGGGCUUCAUGGAGGGGCCUUGGCGAAGUUGCUUACUUCAUUAGGGCAGCACAACUACCUGUCUAUCUCAAUGGAGCACUUCACUAUAUCCUUGACGUUAGACAUGCUAACCCUUCCGAGGUGAUCGUCUCCUUUGAUCUCCAUAUUGAGAAAUUCCAAGCAAUAUCACACCCAAGUUGUUUCUCAGAAGUCUCAGAUCGUAGAACGCUGAAACGUAUGGGGUUACUGUCUUUGAGAAGCUCUCUAUGUCUAGUAGAAGGAAAAUACAAGAGCCCGCCUACGCUGCUGAAUAUUUGGAUAAUGAAUCAAAGCAAUGGAAUUUGGGAGAAGAUGUUUUCUAUUAAUUGGGGAUUAACGGAAUAUGGAAUUGCAUUGGCAUUUCGAAUAGCAGAACUCAAGGAUGGAACCUUUUUGGUUUUACGUUAUGGGAGGAACUUGGAAAUAUUUGACCCAGAAAGCCAAAGUGAUAGUGAAGUGUUGAUACAACAUGAAAAUUCGGUUGAUUACUAUGCAAACUCUGAAAGUUUAGUCCCUCUUUAUGGGAAGCCACUGGUUGAAUUGAGAUGUCAUGCUAACUGUUGUCUUGGUUAA